UAUAGUGCGGUCACUGCCUUCACAACGAUCCAUGAUGCCUCCUCCUCCACCAAAGACCAUCCCACCACCACGUUCAAGGACUGUGUCUCCUCCAUCAUCGAGAACCAUGCUUCCUCCACCACCGCCAUUUACACCAUCAAAACAACCUCCAGCUCCAAGAUUACAGGAGGACCAAAUCACUAUUAAGAAACCAAAUCCAGUUCCAGAUACUUUAAUAAAGCUGAUGGAGUAUGGAGAUGAUGAAGACGAUGAUGAAGACUAGACAUUGACAGUGUAAUGGUAAUGAUGGAACCAUCUGAUCUGGCAAAACAAAAUUCCAGGCUAUGCUUGAAACAAUAGAGAAGCCUUGUCCUGAUAUAAAGUUAUAAGACAUUAGCUUACACUUGUCUUGCAACCUAUUCCUAUGGCUGAUUUUGUGAUGCCCUUUUUGUGGUACCUCUUUACGAUUAAUACACACCAUAGAGAAGCCUUUUCCAAUUUAUAUAU